AUGGAAUACAACGACGACAACGAUGAUGAUAAUGAUAAUGAUGUUGAUGACGAUGAUGAUGGUGAUGAUGCUGAUGAUAAUAAUGAAAGGUUGAAGAGAAAGUGGAUGACAUGGCAAGAUGAUGUUGAUGUUGAUGAUGAUAAUGAUAAUGUUGAUGAUUGUGAUGAUGAUGAUGAUGACAUGGAAUUCCUGGGGAUUUACAAAGAUGCUACGAUGAUGAUGAUGAUGAUGAUGAUGGUGAUAUGA